CACUCUCUCUCUCUCUCUCUCUCUCUCUCUCUCUCAUCUAAGCUAGGGUUUUUCACGAUGAUGCAACCAGCAACGAGCGUAGUUCAGCCACACCAGCAGAACCACCUUCAAUACCAACAACAACAACAGUCAUGGAUGAUUAAGCAGCAGAUGUAUUACCACCAGCAACAGUCAUCGAACCAAUUUCCGACUAUGGAGCCGCCGGAAAACACCGCCGGAGCAAUCGAAUCAGCCGAGAAAAUCAUCCUCCGGUGGGACUCCACGGCGUUGGAGGAAGCCAGAGAGCGUAUGAUCUUCGAUUCCGAUCGUCAAGAGAUCGAUCGAUACUUGCAAGCCGUUGAUGAGAUUCAACGAUCGAUGGAAUCGGUGACUGUGACCGAUGAUCAGAACAAGGUCAAUGGUGCGAUGCAGAUCGCCAUGGCUAGGCUCGAGGACGAGUUUCGUAAUAUCCUGAUUUCACAUACUGGACCUGUUGAAGCCGAAUCGUUAGUCGAAUCGGUUCGAUCUACUCCGAGAACUGAUAGCACUGGAGUUGAUUUUCCAGAAGAAGAUUACUCGUUUGCAGAUUCGGUGGUGAGCAAGGAAGUUGAAGUGGAGUUUCAUGUUGGAGAGAGUAGUAGUAGAAGUAGUAGUAGUUCCAAGUAUCAGUCUACUACUAGUAUUCGGGAGAUCGAUUUGAUUCCAUCGGAAGCCACCAUCGGAGACUGCUGCUGUUACUGGUGGUGUUGUUCUGCUGUUGAGCGAGGAAGACUCAAAGAUUUUCAAGUACCUAGAUUCUCUUGAGGAGAA